UUUCGCUUGUUUUGUUGUGGCCACACUGCCUGUUGGCUUGCUAUUGUUUACAUUCAUUUAUUUCGCCUUCUAAUUUGGUGAAGGAUACACACAAGAAGCUAAACUGUGAUAGUCCUCUCCUAUAAAAAAGAGGAUUAACCUAGUAGAUUGGCCAGUUGCCGAUAAUAUUUCACAUGGCUGAUGAUCCGGAAAACUCAGUGGAUAGGCCCACAGACGACGGAGAUGCGGGCAAACCGGAAAAGAUGUUCACCCUUAAGAAAUGGAAUGCAGUUGCAAUGUGGAGUUGGGACGUGGAAUGCGAUAUCUGUGCCAUUUGCCGUGUUCAAGUCAUGGAUUCCUGCCUUCGCUGCCAGGCGGACAACAAGCGGGAUGUGAUGGGUCGCCAGGACUGCGUGGUGGUUUGGGGCGAGUGCAACCACUCCUUCCACCACUGCUGCAUGUCGCUGUGGGUCAAGCAGAACAACCGAUGCCCGUUGUGCCAGCAGGAGUGGUCCAUCCAGCGCAUGGGAAAAUAGAUAUCUCCACCUGAUAUUACUAUAUGCUGUAUCUUAAAACAAUUAACAAUAAAAAUAAUAAGAAAAAAAUAUAAAAA